AUGUCGACUAUAAAACCCUACCAGAUCAACAUACCCGACUCAAAGAUUGAGCGCCUCAAGCAGAAGCUGGCACUGACAGACUUUCCUGCAGAUAACAGUCAGUCUUGGGAGCGAGGUGCACCAGUUGAUGAUGUCAAAAGACUGGCGAAAACAUGGCAGACAACCUUUGACUGGCGGGCUGUUGAAGCCAGUCUGAAUAAAUUGCCCCAUUUCAUCACAUCCAUUGCUAUCGAAGGUUUUGGGGCCCUGAACGUGCAUUUUAUCCACAAGGAAAGUAACAAGACAGACGCGAUUCCUCUUCUGUUUCUUCACGGAUGGCCCGGUAGUUUUGUCGAAGUGACCAGGGUUCUCGAACCUCUGGUCGACAGCAAUGGCGGCCCCAGCUUUCAUGUUGUCGCACCAAGUCUCAUCGACUUUGGGUUCUCAUCGGCGAGCAAGCCCGGAUUCCAAGUUGAACAUCACGCAAAGCUGUACGACAGACUUAUGAAUGAACUCGGAUAUGAGACAUACGUAAUCCAAGCCGGCGACGUUGGAAGCAUUAUUGCGCGUUACAUGGCGACAUCAUUCGGCAACUCACGCUGCAUGGCUCUUCACACCAAUACGCCUCUGCCCAGCGAGCCAAAGGAAGAUACCCACCCGGAUCUGUACAAGCAGUUACAAAAGACACCCCUCACCGAAGCCGAGCUCAAAGCGCUUGUACGUGCGGGCGAGGUCUCCAAAACCGGCAUGGGAUACUACAGCAUCCAGUCAACAAAGCCAACGACAAUCGGCUUUUCCCUGCGCGACAGCCCAGUCGGAUUACUCGCAUGGAUCUACGAAAAGCUCGUUCAAUGGAGCGAUGCGUAUGAAUGGACUGAUGAGGAGAUACUCACCUGGGUGAGCAUCUAUUGGUUCUCUACUGCGGGACCUGAUGCACCGAGCAACCUCUACUACGCAUUUGAGCAAUCCGAUCCGAUCGCAUUUGUUGCUGCUGGGGCUUUCAUCGAUGUACCCCUAGGUAUCUCUCGAUUUAUAAAUGAUCUGGUCUUGUUGCCAAAGUUAUGGAAUCAAACUCUUGGUCCGGUCGUUUUUCAGGAGGAGCAUGAGCGCGGUGGUCACUUUGCGGCGUGGGAACAGCCGGGGGCUAUAGUUGGGGAUCUGCGGUUGAUGUUUAGAGAUUCUGACAUUGGAAGGAAGGUUAGGAACAGGCUUCAGGAUAGUACUUUUGUCUGA